AUGUCCGGCUCCUACCGUCCCUCAGGCUCCCACCGCUCCCGCGCAACCUCCACAGCCCCAACCCACUCUUACUCCGGCGGCGGUGACCCCGACGGACCCCUCAUCCACUGGCGCCGAGAAUGGGUCAGCCCCAUCGUGCCCGUAACAGAUAUGAGCGAUAAGGAGAAAAACAGCAACGGGGACGUUAAGUUGGGGUUUAAGGUGUUGAGAUGGGUUCCGGUUGUUACGGACGAAAUGGAUGAGGAGGAUAGGAGCGGGGAUGCGAUGGAUGUUGACAUGGAUGCUGAGGGAGAUGGGGAUGUUGAAGCGUCUACGCCUGCGUCUACGCCUGCGCCCGAACAACCUCCAACGGCGGCCGGUGACAGAUUACCCAUAUCCGACAGCAAUUCCUCCGCCGACCCCUCCGUUUCUCUCUCAACCCCCAACCUUCCCCCAGCCGAUCCCGCAGGCGCAGCGGCAGAUGUUGCCGCAGGCCUGGCACCGACUGAUAGUGUAGAGGUACCAGAAGGGCAGGAGGGAGGUGGAGGCGGAGUUAAUGGAAAGGGAGUGGUAGGGAGUCGUGAGGAGGAGGAGUCGGGUGAGGGGAUGGAUGUGCAAUCUGGGGCACCUGAGCCGCCGUUGGGGAUGGAGGCUAGUGGUGGGAUGUGAUUGGGAGGUGCUGUGGGUGGAGACAGUACGUGAUGGUGAUAGGUAUGAAUCUCGGUGAUCUGUCGGAUAUUCGCAUGUGUUCGAAAAAAUACGGACCUCAAGGAAUGCAGGUCAAGGUGGAAAUGCAGGCUGGAGAUGAGGCUGUCUGUGAUCAAUGUCCGAUUAAAUAUUAAUCCAAUACAUGAGAGAAAACUCGUUCCUCCCACGAGAAGCAGUUUCAUAAGG